CGACUCAGUGCCAGACAUUGUGCCUGAACGACUGAUCAUACAAAGUACGGACUUGUGUGUUGAAGGUGUUUCAGACGAGAAUGCAGUCUCGUUGACUCAUGUCACUGAGAGUUGGACGAAAGCGACGAGUGAGCAAGACGAAGACAAUGCGGAACUUUCCGUGUCGAGCACAGGCACCUUAAGAGUUCGAUUGAAGGAGGCCAUGAGUAGAGUCUGCGAACUUGAGAACACCAAGACAGAGCUGAUUGUGCGUCUGCGUGAGCUGGAAGGUGUCAUGAUGUGUGAGGACAGGCUGAAUAAUGUGAUGCCUGUUGGUGCACGUGUGUUUGACCAGUCGACGAAAGGGACGGAAGAAGUCUAUGCAUUGUCAACGAAGAACGAGAAGUUGGUGGCAGAGGUAGACUUGUUACGAAGCAACAUUUCCGAGCGCAAGAAACUGUUGGAGAAUGUGUGUAUGGAGGUGGAUGAGGUCAAAGGAUCACUGGGUUUCUUGUUGAUGCAGGUGAAAGAUUUGCGUGCAGCACAUGCUGAGGCGAAUGCUGAUCGCUCCGUGAUGGCGAACAAAGUGAGUGAUUACGAACGGGCUUCACGUCACUUGCGCGAAACAGUUGGUCGAUCCACGUCACCUGUGCAAGACACUGAUUAUGCACAUGAAGGUUUGUUGACUGACGGUUGUACAUCAGACGGGUUGCGAGAGGAUUUACAGCGUGCACUGGAUGCACGAUCGUUCGAGCUGGAGACGGUCACUGAGAAACUGAAAAAGUGUGAGUCACUGAACAAUGCCGUGAUCUGUGAGUGUGAGUCGCUGAAGCGGUGUCUAGAAAGCUAUGCGACUAUGACGAGUGACCUGGAGAAUGACGUGACCAAGGCGAAAGCACUGUUGGUGUUUGUGGUUGACCAUGUAAGAGGUCUGCGUUCCGACUAUGGAGAUUGGUGUAGAGAGCACGAACGGCGAGUGCAGGAGUGCUUAGAUGCCGUUGCAACAGGGUUGCUUCAUGCUGCGGUUGAACAUGUGGACCGUGAGUGUGAAACGAUGACAUGGCCAGAACACUUGGAGUCUUCCGUCAUGCUUGAUAGAUUUGUACGACCACGCGAGUGUGGUGAAGCGACAUCGAUGCAGAGAGGACAAGAUUCGGAUUCUGUGGGUGAAGUGAGCAGAUUGUGCGAUAUGAACCGUGAGCUGUCUGAGGAACUGAGCAAGUACCGAAACCUGUGUGAUAAGCAGGCAUCAGAGAUUGUGUCCAUGCAAACAGCUCUUCGUGAGGCAGUUGAACAGGCGUCAUGUGCUCGAGACGAACUGGUAGCCUAUAGGCGCGAGAAGGUUUGUGUAAUGUCAGAGCUAGAGAGUCGACUUUCCGCUUUACGUUAUGGGUGCUCUGUAGUACGGGAUCAAUUGUGCCGGACUGAGGCAUUGAUAGAAGGGCGUUGCAACACAGUGGUCGCAAUAGCCAGUCGAGAUUGGGAGUUGGGCGGGAACGAAAUUGCGAGUGAACGUGACACAGCCGUGAAAGAGUUGUCGGAACUGCGUGCUGAGUUGGAUGUGGCAGACUAUGUGGAUGCCAGGUUGGUAAGAGCAGUGUCGAGGAGUGACGUGGGAACUGAGAUGCUGGAUUGUACCAUUGAACUUGAUGUAGCCUUGUCAUCAGGGUUCACUAGUCACUCCAGAAAGACGGUGGAGGUGAGCGUUGGUGAGAAUUCAGAGGGUGAUGAGUUGAGUUGCACGGUGGUUGGCGGUUGGAGCGACUGCUGCUUGGAGUGCACACACGACGAGCACCAGUCUGGUGUAUUGGCUGAUCGUCCGACUGAGUUUGUCGACUCGGGGACUCAAGUGACAGACAGAGUGUGUUAUUCGGCUACUGACACAUUGGCAACUUCAGAACCUACUGAUCCAUCCACUGUGGACCAGUCGACCUGUAUUCCAGCGGAGAUGGUGAGAGCGCAGCUGGUUAGUUCAAGUUUGCGUGAAGAUGCUUCGAAUCUGGUUUGUCAGCUGCAGGGAGAGUUGGCGUCUUGUUAUGAACAGAUAGUCAGACUGUCUAGAUCAGUGGAGGAGAGUGAUGCUUCGUUGAUGGAUGUGCGGCGUUUGUUGGCUGUGAAGGAGGUUGAAGUAGUGGACCUGAGAGAAGAGAGGCGUAAUUUGCGAGACGAAGUGAGCGAAUGGAGAGAGAUUGUGGAGGCAGAAAGACGCGAUUUUGAGAUUUUGCGUGCAAAUAUGAGUGUGUUGGAGAGUGAGAGAGCUGUGUCGGCGAUGUGUAUGGAGAGUCGUGCACCGGACACUGCUGUGGAGGAAGGGUGUGCGCAGACGGAAAUGGAGGACAACGCUUCCGACCUGGUAUCGACGCUGCAGCUCGAGGUUGCUCGUCUGCGUGAGGAACGUGCGGUGGCGUUGACGGCUCUGGAGCGUUCACAGCGCGAGUUGAUGAUGCAACGGGCAGAAUUUCAGGAACUGGAGUCACGUAUGGUGAUGAACAAGACGACUUGUUCCAUUCCUUGUGAGACUGUGACAAAGGUGGCCGAUGUAGUUGUCCAUGAAUUAGCAGAGGUUGAUAACACGGACAGAGUCGAGGCAGACGUGCUGACUGGAGUUGCUGAUAGGGAGGUGGCGGAGACAUCUGCAGACGACUCAGUGCCAGACAUUGUGCCUGAACGACUGAUCAUACAAAGUACGGACUUGUGUGUUGAAGGUGUUUCAGACGAGAAUGCAGUCUCGUUGACUCAUGUCACUGAGAGUUGGACGAAAGCGACGAGUGAGCAAGACGAAGACAAUGCGGAACUUUCCGUGUCGAGCACAGGCACUUUAGGAUCCCGAUUCGCGGAGAUUUUGAGUAGAUUAUUUGAUGUCAAAUCGUUCCGCGUUUCUCCUGGCAUAUGGCCGGUUAUUGAUGCUUGUCUUCGUGUUUUUCUCUCUAAUGGUGAUAAUUUAUAUGAAACUUGUCCUUUUCCUUUUUAUCUUUCUACUCUUUCUGAUCUUAUUUUCAAUGCGUGUCGUGUUUCUUUCCUAAAUGAUGAACUUUCUGAUCUUCGACGUAAAUUUUGCAAUUUACUCAUGUCUUUUGCAUUUGCUGCUGAUCUUUCAGAAUUAUGUUUUAAAUUUUUAUCAAUAUUCAAUAAUUUGUUGUUCAACAUAUUUAUUUCGUCUGAAACCUCUUUUACCUAUUCAUUAUCUAUGGAAAUCAUUGGACUUUUAGACGACUUUCUUACAUUUUCGAAAUCUUCUACAUUUUUGAAAAUUUUCGGUGAUCAAUCUAAUAUUCUUACUGGCUUUUCAAAUUUACAUGAAACCAUGAUAAUACAUCGUUUACCAUCUUGUAUUUUAUGUAAAAGUAUAAUUUACUCGUUUAGUCAUAGUAUUUUAUGCAGUCUGUGCAUGGCUUGUUAUUCUUCUACUAUUAAGAAUUCUAAUGUGAACAAUGAAAUGUUAAAUGUACAUUCCCCGCAUAUUGUUAGUCUACCUAAUGAUAUUGAUAAAAAUCUGAACAGUAAUUGCAGUUUGAUAUGUAAUCUAACCUCUGGCAGAAUGGAUUCCAUAGUCAAAUCACAAAAAUCACCAAUUGAGGAAUCUCUAUCCAUUGAACUUGAACAUAAGUCAACAAAAAAUCGAGCAUGUCCAUUAAUAUACAAUGUACAAUUGAACACAUUGAAUGAACAAAAACUUUUCAAUGAUCAAUAUUCUUCAUCAACCGAUCAAAUGAAUUUGAAACAACCAUUAUCUACUACGGAUGAAUUAGUAUUAUUCAACAAUGUUACAUUGAAUGAUAAACUAACUACUUUUAAUAAAGUUGAUAGUAGUAGUAUUUCUAAUCGUUUGCAUAAUCAUUUGCAUAUGUUUCUUAAUCGAUCUACAACUACUACUACUACUACUGAUAAUGAUUACGAACAUCUAAUGCAGGAUGAUAAUCAAAUUGAAACGAAUUUACAAACUCCACUUGAAAAUUUAUCCUUAAUAAAACAAAAUCAAUUGAAUACCACCAAGAAAAUUAGUGAAUUGAUGCAAGGACUUCACACAUUGAAAUCUUUAUUGAAUAAUAAUUCAAUACCGAAUGAAGUGAAACAAAGCUGUGAUAGUCGGUCUUUUCAUGAACAACAUGAUGAUUUAUUGAAACCAGCUCUGAGAAAUGAUCAAGAAUUUAUUAUUAAGUCACAUUGGAAUCAAGUUGAAAAUAAUCUUCACCAUAUUGAUGAAUUACCAACAUCGUCGUUAUCAUCAAAAACUUCCACAAGUGUUGUCAAUCAUCAUGAAGAUAAUCGUGAUAAUUUAUUCAUCAAAGAUGACAAUGUUGUUGAAUACAAAUUGUGCGAAUUAGAUAAUUCAAUGCGAAAGACUAUAAAUUAUUUGUUUAAACGAAUAGACGAAAUCAAUGUAAAGAUGAAAAUCAUUGAAAAUCAUAUCAAUGAUAGUAAAUUAACUGAAAGAUUAAUGUAUACUAAAGACAAAGAAUGUUUAUCUGAUCGUGAAAAACAAUCAGAUCUUGUUGAACAAUUGAAUUUAUUACAAAAAAGAAAUCAUGAAUGGGAAACAAAUGUUAAUUCAAUGUUCAAUAGUUUAUACAUGAUUUUGUUUAAAAUUGAUGAUAGUCAUGAUCAAACAACACCAAUGUUUGAUACUACUACUACUACUACUACUACUAGUAGUAGUCCAUAUUCACCAAAAAUAUCAGAUCCAUGUGAGAUUAUGCCAAAUUUCAAUUCAUUCAUUAAUGAUUUUCAUGAUCGAAUGAUGAGGGUGGGGAUUGUAGAGAAUCAGCUUAAUUCAUUGAAUGUUCGGUUAAAUGAAUUAACCGAAGAACGUGAUAAAUUGAAUUUGGAAAUAAUUCAGCUGAAAGCAUUAAUAAUUGAUAGUAGACAAGUUAGUCAGAGAGAAAAUACGACAGAUGAUGAUGAUGAUGAUGUUGCGGUUACCGACAACGACACUAUGAUUAUGCCCACUGAAAUAAUCGGAGUAAAUCAUGCUGUAAGUGGAGAUGUUGAUGACGCCGACGCCGAUGACAAUACAGCGAAUCAAAUCGAUUACGAACGAGUUGAACAAUCGUUGACUGAGAAUUGUCCACUAUCAUCUGUCAGUGGAAGUGGUAGUGCAGAUAUUGAAGAGAUCAUGAGAAAAAUUGAAAUGUAUACGAAUCAAUUGAAUUGUAUUCAGAUGAAAUUGAACGAAGCAGAACAAGAGAAAACGAAACUUCUCAAUCAGAUGAAGCAGAAUGAAUUACAACAAAUGACACUAUUGGUUGAAGAUAAUGUUAACAAUUUAGAUUAUGCGGAAGAGGAGGCAGUGGAGGCGAAGAAGAAGGAGGAGGAAGGAGAUGAAGAACACGAGAAAGUCGACAAGGAGGAGGAUAUUCACACUUCCGGCCGAAUGUCCUCCUAUCAUGAAGAUACCGAUUGGUAUGAACAACAUUUGUAUACACUAAUUCAAAAUGCAUUGAACAGAUUAAAUGAAGUGAAUCAAUAUUUUCUUCAGUCAAAACAAUCUCCUCAAUUAUCUGACUCUAGACAAGAUGAAUUAGUUGACUGUUUGACCAAAUUGUUAACUAUUAUUAAUCCAAUAAACAGCCACAACAACCACAGUACCAUACUUCAACAACAAACAGAUAAGAAUCAUAUCCAAAUAAUUCCAUCGCCAUUAGUGGAAAAACAUACAGGAAACACCGCAAACUUGACGAAUACAACAACAGCAGCGACUACUACUACUACUAGAGUUACUGAGCUUAUUCAAACACUUUCCACUUCUACCGUCACGAACACCACCUCCUCUGCCAGUACCGCCGCCACUACCAACACUGCAUGUAAUCGAAAGUUAGCAACCAGUUUCAUUGAUCUAAAACAUGUAGAAAAAGUGCCAAUCAGUAGUAGUGAUUCAGUGAAUCCUGUUGAAUAUUUAUGGAAUUCUCAUGAAUUAUAUAAAUUAGCUAAAUAUCUUUUAAAUCAAUAUCAUAUUGUCUUGUCAGAAUUGGAGCUACAAUCUAAUACCGACUGGUGUUUAAGGCAACGUUUGUCAAAUGCCAAUAAUCAAUUGAGUCGAUUAACAAAUUUGUUAAGUAAAAGUAGUCGACAAGGCUUAUCAUCGAUUGAAAAAGGUUUAAGUUUGGGAAUAGAUAAAAAUUCAUUAUAUUCAGCUGAACACAAUGAUGGAAUACGUCAAAAGUCACUUGAAACAAUUUAUCCGCCGAGUAAUAAUUUACAUGAAAAGCCUACAACUACUACUACUGCUACUACUACUACUACUAACAAUCGACGUGUAAAUUUCAUUCUUCCUCCGGAUGAUGAACAUUCUUCGGUUAAACUUGAUGAUUGUACAACAACCGUUCAAACAAUGCGUAAUAAGCCAAUAUUGAAAUGCAAAUCCAACCCUGAAAUCGCAUCAUCAUCAUCAUCAUCAUUAACAUCCAGAAUUAGUGAUCCUUAUUUUUUCAUAACUAAUGAAAUGUUUAUUCCAAUGAAAGCGAUGCGAUCUACGUCGACACAAACAAUGACAGAGAAGAAAUUAUCUUGUCUAUCACGAAAAACUUUUGGUUGUGGACCAAUUUUAAAACGUUUAUCAUGUCAUUGUCAUUCACGUAAACGUUAUUAA